AAAAAGAAUAAAUAUAGCGUCUGUUUUAUCUGUUUUUUUCCGUUUGUCUUCUCCUCCAAGGCACGGUCGUGGACGAGUCGCCGAAGAAGCUAGGGUUUUCGCUAUGAGCGACAUCCAAUCCGUAAGUCUCCGAUCUCUUCUCUCGAUUUGAUUCCUCGCUCUCUUCGUGCCGUGGAGAAUCCAACACCGGAGGAAACAAACUCCCCCCUCCUUCCCUUCGGUGGCUUCCCCGCCUAGGGUUUCGAGCGGAUUACGGCUCCGAGAUUCGAAGAUUAGGGCUUCCAGACGCAAGGGAUUUUCUAGGGUUCCGGCUUUCAAUCUUCUGGGCAUUGGGUGGAAGCGGCGAUUUUGAUUUCAGAAGCUAGGGUUUUUGGAUAAUGUGUAUACUCUGUGUGGUCCAGAGGUGGUCGCGGUGGGUCUCCACCAUGCUGCCGUGGCUGGUGAUCCCUCUCAUCUUCUUCUGGGCGCUGUCGCAGUUCCUCCCGCCGGGCUUCCGCUUCGAGAUCACCUCGCCGCGGCUGGCCUGCGUGCUGGUUCUCCUCGUUACCCUGUUCUGGUAUGAGAUCCUGAUGCCGCAGCUGUCGGUAUGGCGGGCCCGUCGGUCAGCGCGCCUCCGAGAGCGGCAGCGGACCGAGGCCCUCGAGCUGCAGAAGCUCCGGAAGACGGCCACCCGCCGUUGCCGGAACUGCCUCACCCCAUACCGCGAUCAGAACCCUGGAGGCGGCCGGUUCAUGUGCUCUUAUUGCGGGCAUAUUUCUAAAAGGCCCGUGCUGGACGUCCCUGGUACUGUUGUUGGGAGCUCAGGGAUCAUCAGCGACCUUGUUGGAAAGAAUGGUUGGAUCUGUAGCCAGGAUUGGGCAGUGGAGGGGCAUGGGAGCUGGAUCAGCCCUGUGCCACGGUAUUGGGUUGGAGGUGGUGAUGGCCCGUGCUUGACGGAGAAGUCUUAUUCAGGCGUGGUGGCUUUUGCCUGCAACUUGCUUUCAUGUUUUUUCUCUGGUUUGAGAUGGCUUUGCAGGAAGAUUUUCAGGUUUGAUUAUUCCAGGGAGGAAAGUUCUUCAGAUUCAGAUUACAAGGGAUCAUCAUCUAAAAGAGGGGAGAAUGAAGGAAAUUUUCAGGAGAGAAGAUGGGAGAAAGCUAGAAGGAAAGCCGAAGAGAAGAGACAGGCUAGGUUGGAAAGGGAAAUGCUUGAAGAGGAGGAGAGGAAACAGAGGGAGGAGGUUGCAAGGUUAGUGGAGGAAAGGAGGAGAUUACGUGAUGAGAAGCUGGAAGCUGAGAGAGAGAGGGCAAAGAGCUCAACUCUGGAUGGAGAAAGAGAAAAAAGGAAAGAUGCAGAGAAAAAGAGACAUGAGAGGCGGAGGGAGAAAGAUAGAGGUUCUAGCAAAAGCAAUUCUGAUGUCGAAGACCUUGAGAAGAGGGUUGGCAGGGAAAGUGAAAGGAAGCGUGAGCUUGACAGAAAGAGUGAGAAUGAAAAACGGGAGGCACUGAAAUCUGCAAUAGAGAACUGCAAAUCACAAAGUUCAGAUCCUGGGCAUGGAAAUAAGGUGACAACAAAUAAGCCAAGAUACUUUGGUCGCAUGACGGGCUCUUUCCUAUCUUCUUCGAGAGGUUUCAGUGGUGCCUCAUUUUUUGGGAGAAAUGCUCAGAGCCCUGCUGUUCCUGGUAACAAAGCAAGUAAGCCUGCCGUUGGCUUUGUCGAUCAUGGUUCUGGAAUUAAAAGAGAUGGUCAUUCUGCUGGACAUGUAACAGUAAAAUCCACUGCUAGUGUAGAUGGAACUUCUUUGGGCAUCAUUCAUCGGCCUGUAAGUUCAGAUGUGCAGCCACAUAUAGCUGCCCCAAAGAAAUCCUGGCAUCAACUAUUUACUCGUUCAGCAGCUGUUUCUCCAUAUCCUGAUACGAAUACCUCAAGCCCUCCAAGUCAGAAUGGCCAAUUAGAAGCUCAAAGUGCCCAGUUACCUGAUCAAAGAAUAUUUUCUAAUUAUUCUGUCGAUAACCAAAUCAACUUUGGACAGUCAUUGCCUCUCAGCACCUAUCCCACAGUGAGUGCAUCAUUUUGUGGCAGUACAGUUCCUCAUUUGGUGUCUGAAUCGCUGUUUCCUCCUAUCAAAGAACCUGCACCACUUACAGUGCUAGAAGAAACAGAGCUAUUUGAAGACCCCUGCUAUGUUCCAGACCCUGUCUCCUUGCUUGGGCCGGUAUCCGAGUCACUCGAUAAUCUUCCAUUGGAUCUAGGUACUGGGUUUGUUUCUAAUGAUAAGAUGGAAGUACCUCAUGUUUUAAAAAAUGUAUCUGCCCCUGGAGAUGUCAACAAGCCUUCGCCAAUCGAGUCUCCCAUGUCCAGACUGCGAGUUUUUGAAGAAAAACAUACUGCAUCAAGCCAAGUAUCUGGUACUCCAAAGUCGAAGGAAUCACAUUCUUCAAAUUUGGAUGGGUCAAGUAAUGCACAAGGGACAUGGCAAAUGUGGGGCACUCCACUGGCUCAGGAUGCAUUGGGAUUGGUAGGUGGGCCUUCCAGCUGGUUUUCACCCCUGGGGACGAACAAAUUUAAGCAAGAAAAUAUCAUGCAUCCUUUGUCACAUAACCCUGUGAUAUCACAAAUAUCAAAUGAGAACCAUGUUGUUCCUGAAAUUCAAUCUCCACAGAAUGUUUGUGUUAUUAAUCAGCAGAAUGGUGGAACAUACAGCCCUCUUGGUCCUGGUCUGAACGGGAAUGAUGUGUGGAUGCAGAAAACACCCUUCCAGCCAUUGCCUGUUGAUGGAGAAAGCCACUUUCUUCCUCGUAAUCUGAUAGAUAAUAUUGCAGGGAAUGAUAUGACAUAUGACAGUCCACAUGGAUCAACAGCUAGCUAUACUUUUGAGCUACCUCCAGCUAAUUGUUGGUCCAAGAGUGAGUGGUCACUAAAUGGUACUCAGGAAGCUGGAAACUCAACCCCGGCCAUGCCGCACAUAGGAGGCCUGUUUUCUACUAAUCCAGAUGUACAGUCAGUCUGGUCAUUCAAUCAAAAAGAGACGAUAUGAACACUACAGAAUCAAUGUCACCAAAGGCAAGCACCCUUGCCUCUUUUGAGGAGAGUUCAGGAACUAGUUGCACUGUAUCCUUCUUAAUGCGAAUGAUAUGUUUCAUUGGCAUGAAUAGAUGGCAUGCAUGCAUUCAUGCAUUCCUACAGGGGAAGCUCAAAUAUAUGCUUUACAAUGAAAUCCUAUCAUGCAUGCUCAUCAGUUUGCUUCUUUUA